CACACACCAUAAUCUGCGAAGCACCUGUACGCGUAUGGAUUGUUGAAUUGUCUUCUAACUCUACUCUGCACUGGAGGGGAAAAAAAACGUUUCAUCUACGCUGUUAGAGCACUGGCAAUUUAAAGUUUGCAUCAUUUGCAAUGCCCAAAAGAGAAGCAUGGCAAGAUGGCAAUGCCCUUGACACGAUGGGAGAAAUGGACAGUACUGGCAUCUGCGACAGUGUGGUCAGCUUCAGCUCAUUCUUUAGUGAUGAUAAUCUGGAGUACCUGUCUGCUGAAGAGAAGGCUUGUCUCAUGUUCCUAGAGGAGACCAUUCAGUCACUAGAUACAGAGGAUGGCAGUGGACUGUCCAUUGAUGAGUCCGAUAAAUCGCCAGCUCGAGGAAAUGUGGCUACUAAAGCAGCGCACCUUUCAGCGUCAAUAGGACUGAACAAGCUCUCUGCUCAAGACAUUCCCAAACGCCACUCUGAUGGUCCAUUAUCAUCUGGCAGCCCAGUGCGAAAUGACAUUCUAAACUAUAUGGUACCUACUCCAUUUGUCCUGGCAAACCAUAACUCGCAAAUUCCAGUCAGACCUGGACUGGUUGCAUCUUGUAAAAAGGAGCCAACCAAAGUGAAGAUGGCUUCUGAAUGUCGCAAACUGUGCCAGGAAGCUCCACGGCUUCCUUCAGAGGUCAGUGUAGUUGUAAUACCACCUCCACAUAAAAUCAUAUGCAACAAAGAUACAGUCAUUGAAAAUCUGAAUGACCCGAGACCAGAGAAAUUGCCCAGUAGAGGGCCCCUGUCUUACGAGGGUCUGGUCUACCUGCGUAAGAGUGCAUCAAUGCGGAAAAUCCACGCAGAUGAGUCCAAAACUGGAGAGAAGGAGGUUUCUGCAAAGACCAUGGAAAGUAGAAGCUUCAAGCCCAUUCCCCCUCCUGUGGCGCCUAAGCCAAAAAUGAAAACUCCACAAAAAGCACCAAUGAACCAGGAAGGAGCCACAACCUCCUCAAACAUGCCUUCAUCUGACAUGUUACGAGUGGAUACAUUAAUGAACCCAGAGAAAGUGAGACUAGAGGCUCUUUGUAAGUUGGGUCUCUUCAAAGAGGAAACAUCUAAUUCGAGGCGGCACAUGACAACAGGACAGAUCCUAACAUCUCAACAAUUGAAGCUUUUACAAUCCCCAGCAAACUCAGUGCAAAACCAAACUACAGGUGAACAUCUUUCACGUAUCACAGCAAGACCUGCAGAACUGAUCAACCAACCAGUGCAGAGUUGUAACCCUCUCCACCAGAGGUCCAUGAGUGAUCUUUGCACAGCUCCUUCACAUCCACAACGUACCAGUAUGAUUUCAGUGGGAAAAGCUGCCACACUGGAGUGCAAUGGGAUGGGAGGACAAAUUUGUACAUCCAAUCAUGGAUCCUCAACUUCUAGCAACACUGACUUAAAUACAGUUUCUCAGAAUCACCAUUCUUGUUCUUCACCUCAUGGACCCAAAAACCACCUCACAGACACUCAGAAAGAUGACAAUGAGUUCACAUUUGGAAAGGCUGAAGAGUUGGGGCAAGUAGCCUCAAAUACAUUUUCUCAGAACCUCCAGUCAUGUUCUUCUACACAAGGGACAAAGAACCAUCUCAGAGACACUCAAAUGGAUGCUAGUAUGUCAACACUCAGAAAAGCCCAGCAGUUGAAGCAAGUAACCUCAUCCCAUUCCAAAUCGCCACAUGUUCGAGUAUUGAACGUGCCAGUGCACAGCAUUGGAAAGGAUCGGAGAGAGGCACUACGCAAACUAGGGUUGCUGAAAAAUUGA